CUGGGCGCUCUGUUUUUACGUCAUUUCCGUUGCACUCCCUCGGGCGAAGCUUGCGUUGGGCGGGGGGGUCUUCACUUAGUGUGUGUGGCAGGAGAACGCUGCGAAUCAACUGUUUGUUCCUGCCAACCUUGCUGGUCCGAUACCAUGGGAGUGACUUGUGUGUCCCAGAUGCCUGUGGCUGAGGGCAAGAGUGUCCAGCAGACCGUGGAGCUCCUCACCCGGAAACUGGAGAUGCUUGGGGCAGAGAAACAAGGAACAUUUUGUGUGGACUGUGAGACCUACCACACCGCCGCCUCCACUCUUGGCAGCCAAGGUCAGGCUGGGAAGCUGAUGUACGUGAUGCACAACUCAGAGUACCCUUUGAGCUGCUUCGCCCUCUUUGAGAAUGGCCCUUGCCUCAUUGCUGACACCAACUUCGAUGUGCUCAUGGUGAAGCUCAAGGGCUUUUUCCAGAGUGCCAAGGCUAGCAAGAUUGAGACCCGGGGUACCCGUUACCAGUACUGUGACUUCCUAGUGAAGGUGGGCACAGUUACCAUGGGGCCCAGUGCCCGAGGCAUCUCCGUAGAGGUAGAGUAUGGCCCCUGUGUGGUAGCUAGUGACUGCUGGAACCUGCUGCUCGAGUUUCUACAGAGUUUUCUAGGCAGCCACACACCAGGGGCUCCUGCAGUGUUUGGGAACAGACACGAUGCCGUCUACGGCCCGGCAGACACCAUGGCCCAGUACAUGGAACUCUUCAACAAGAUCCGCAAGCAGCAGCAGGUGCCCGUGGCUGGCAUUCGCUAGUGGCUGGCAGCUGCCCAGCUGAGCUCUGCCACCAGGGGGACUACACAGGAGGAGCAGGUGCCGCCCCCCAGAAACCCAGGGCAGACAUGGAAGCUUCCCUCCCUCUUCCCAGCUGUGACUUUUGUUCUGGGGAUUUGGACUCCCCUCCCCUGACCCUCACACACAGCCCCCCAGCAGCUGCUUCACCCCACGCCUUACUGGACUUGGCCUGUUCUCAAGAAUGGUAAUUAUGAAGAGUGGAGAAGUGUGGAGCUUUCCUGCUUUAGGGGAAAAGGUAGGACAGGGCUGUCCCUGCCUAGUGUUGGUGGGGAAAGCAGUCUGUAUCUCCAGCUGUUGAGGAUUUGGCCAGGGCCCGCAGUGGACAGGCUGGGCCGGGCUGUAAUAAAGGCCUCUUCCUCUACUCCAGGGAUGCGGUUGGGCCUCUCUUGGAGAAGGAGUAGAAGGCAUAACUUAGUGUGAUGGCUAUCAUUUUCUGAUCUGUUUGCUGAAGUGAAUUGUGAGUUGACUUUUCUAGGGUGUUGCCUGAGUCCUUGGGAAUCUCCCUCUGACAUCUUUCCAUUCUGUUGUGAAUUAGAUUAAGCCACAGGCUAAGCUGCUAUAACAAAGAGAACCAAAAGUACAGUGGCUUUUAGCAGAAGUUUAUUUUUUGCUCUUCAAAUAGUACAGAUGUAAUCAGAUGGUCCAGGACAGAUUUAGCUGUACGAGGUCACCAGAACCUCAGCUUCCUUCUGUCUUGUUGUUCAGCCAGUCCUGGGUGUUGACCUUGCCCUCAAGGUCAAAGCAGGCUCUUCGGCUCUGUGUCUACUAUACACCAGGGAAAGAGAGAACAAAGCAGUUUUUUUCAAAGGCUAUGACCUGGAGUCUCUCAAAUCAGUGUGGCCACACUCUGCUGAAAGGGACGCUGGGACACAAGCCCAUUAUUUGGGUGGCCAUGUGUCCAGUUAAAACUCAGGAGCUUCUGUGACUAAAAGAUGAAGGAGAAAAUGGAUGUGGGGGCCCAGUCAGGGCCCUCUGCUAUGUGGAGCUCAAUGGAUAUGCCCAGGAGUGGCUUUGGUUGCUAUUUUGGAGAGCACCCCGUGUAACUAAGCCAUUUGUUUACGAAUUGCAUUGGGAUAGGGCUGAUGCCAGAGUCGCUUUCGUGUUUAGCUGGCUUAGUCACCCUGGGCAGUCAAUUCUGCGCCCCUCACCUAAGGGUUCACAGUUUCCUGAGCUCUUUGUCCUCAUCUCAUUUGAGCCUUCAAGCUUCUCCUUUGACUUACAUUACCUGCUUACCUGACUCCUACCACAGAAAUGUUCAGUUGGGCCAACAUUGAUAUAUCCAGUCAGGGACGGCCUUAGGACACAUGUUACUGUACAUACUACAGAGUUGUCCCCAAGGAUUCUGCCCCUCAUUGAAGGUACCAGAGAGCCAUUAUUUCAGAUCUGAAGCCUCUACAAUAAGAAUUAGGUAGUGGUCAUGUUUCCCUUUUAGCUUUGGCUGGCAGGAAGCUCAGUUUAACUUUGAAACUGCAGGACCUGCCAUCUGCAUUUUUUGUUCUCCUCCUCUGGCUUUUUUGUUUGUUUCUUUGGUUUUUGCUUCUUUAAAUUGAGGUAUGUUUUAGAUGUCAUUUACACACAAUAAAAUGCAUAGAUCUUC